CGGGCGGAAGCGUCAGUGCGCAGCCGCUCCGAGGGGCGGGGCUUCGUAGAAACCGGAAGAUCAAAGUGUUGGAGUGUUACACAUGAUUGGAGACCAAAACAAUGAAGGCGAUCAUUCAAAGAGUAACGAAGGCAAGCGUAACAGUUGGGGAGGAGCAGAUCAGCUGCAUAGGCAGAGGACUCUGCGUCUUACUCGGCAUCUCAGUGGAGGACACGCAGAAGGAUGUUGACUACAUGGUACGUAAGAUUCUUAACUUGCGUCUGUUUGAGGAUGAGAACGGCCGUGCCUGGAGCCGCAGCGUGAUGGACAGAGAGCUGGAGGUGCUGUGUGUGAGUCAGUUCACUCUGCAGUGUAUCCUCAAGGGAAAUAAGCCUGACUUCCACUCUGCCAUGCCGGCUGAACUGGCCCAGCCCUUCUACAACAACAUGCUGGAGCAGCUGAGGGAAGCCUAUAAACCAGAACUCAUCAAAGAUGGGCAGUUUGGUGCAAAAAUGCAGGUACUCAUUCAAAAUGAUGGACCUGUGACCAUUCAUCUGGAGUCUCCUGCUGGCCCUACAGACCCUAAACUGCUGUCCAAACAAGAGAAGCAACAGCAGCGGAAAGAAAAAACUCGGUCAAAAGGCCCCUCCGAGUCCAGCAGAGAGAAGGCAGCUCUGCGCUCGAAAGCGGACCCCAGCGCCAGCAGUGGAGCAGAGGGAGACGUGUCCUCUGAACGCGAACCAUAGAGUACCUCACGGAUUUUGCAGCUUGCAUAUCAGUCCAGCUUCCAGUGGAAUGCUGCAGUCUUCAGGGACGUCUUUCAGUGCAGCUCAUACCGCUGACUCUCCGUCUUAUUACUGUCCCUCUCAAAUGUCCACUAUAGUGCCCAGUCUGAUUUUCUUCUGAAACCUGGAUUGUACUGUAUAUAAACAUAAGAACAAGUGGCAGCUCCACAUUUACUAGUCGAAAAAAGACUCAGGCACACAUCGGUGGGAUUUUAGCACCACUUUGAACUCAUUAUCUGAAUAUUUACUAUGCCAUCUAAUUUAUUUAAAUGUAUACAUCUCUGUGAUGUGUUUUAAUAAAAACAGGAAAGAAAAAUGUGAGUUUAUAAUUACUUAUUUCAUAGCUGUUGAGUACUAUAGUUCUUUUUACAUAAUGCCAUCAAAUUUGAAGAUCUUGUUUAGAUCUACAAAUCUGAAUCAUUAUUCAUAAAUAUGUUCUCUAUUAUUACAGAGCUAGUGCCAGUCAUUACAGACCUAGUUUGAAAUUGAAAUCACUGUAUAAUACAGUGUGACCAACAAAAGAGUAAAUAAUUUCAUAGAAUAAUUGCCAAAUAUGAUAAAUGACAAAAGAGGACAAAAGGACAAAGGAGUUUUUGUGAGGUAACCUGCUUAUGGCACUUUAAGUAGAAAAAAAGCAAAAGAGGAUUAUUCCUGAAUGUGAAAAACGUGUAUUUAAUAAUAAAAAAGCAUAAUGAUUGUCUUACACUUGGAGAGGAUGUUUUUCAAUAUCAGAAGUUAAAGAUAAUUUACUGGUAAUUGAUUGGGUGGGGUGUUGUGAUUUUUCAUACAGGCAUCAGAGGACAUUAAUGCUGAAUAUUUCCUAAAAACAUUUUCAUUUAGAUAAUUAUAAAAACAUGCUAAUACAAAA